AUGGCCUCCGUGGAUACGAAGAAAGCUAUUGUGGAGGCCGCUUCGGCCUACACCAAGCCUGAAGGCAAGACCUUUGAGUAUGGCACUGCAGGGUUUCGCAUGAGAUCGGACAUGCUCAAUACUGUCGUAUUUGCUGUUGGGCUCUUGGCAGGCUUACGCUCUAGGAAGCUCAAGAGCCAGACAAUUGGAAUUAUGAUCACAGCGAGCCACAACCCCGCAUGCGACAAUGGAGUGAAACUCAUCGAUCCUAUGGGUGAAAUGCUGGCCGCUGAAUGGGAGAGCUAUGCAACCCAAUUGGCAAACACCCCCUUGGAAAAGCUGGGAGAUAUGUAUGAAUAUCUUAUCAAGGAUAUCGAAGUCAAUAUGGAAAACCCUGCUCGUGUCGUGUUUGCUCGUGACACUCGUGCCUCAGGAUCUCGUCUUGUCGGCGUUCUUACAUCGGCAUUCAAAGCUACCGGUGUCGAAUUUAUCGAUUUUAAGUACCUGACCACUCCGCAGCUUCAUUAUAUUGUGAGGUGCAAGAACACACUUGGAACUCCGUACGAAUAUGGCGAGCCAACAGAACAGGCCUACUACGAGAAAAUAAGCAAUGCUUUUAAGACCGUGAUGAGAGGGCGAAGUACCAAUGGCCCAGUUACUGUCGACUGUGCUAAUGGCGUUGGUGGGCCGAAGCUAAGAGAACUUCUCAAAUAUUUGCCUACAGCUAAAGAAGGUGGUGUGGACAUUCAAGUCGUCAACGAUAAUGUUAUUAACCCAGAUAGCUUGAAUCACGAGUGCGGAGCUGACUUUGUAAAAACGAAACAACGCGCUCCACCUUCAUCCAAGGCCGCACUUUACGAUCGUUGCGCUUCUCUGGAUGGCGAUGCUGACAGAUUGGUAUACUACUAUCUUGAUACUGGAAGUAUUUUCAAGCUCCUAGACGGAGAUCGUAUCGCGACGCUGGCUGCCUCAUUCAUUGGUGAGCUAGCGAGAAAUGCUGGUAUUGCGAGCAAAUUAAGAAUUGGUGUUGUUCAGACCGCUUAUGCAAACGGUGCAAGCACCGAGUAUAUUGAAAAGGUUUUAAAACUUCCAGUUAUUUGUACGCCUACUGGUGUCAAACAUCUUCACCACGCUGCUAUGAGGUUUGACGUUGGUGUUUAUUUUGAAGCUAAUGGCCAUGGCACCAUCACCUUUUCUGAGCCAGCUUUAAAGAUUAUCAAAACCACGGAACCUCAAUCGCCAGCCCAGCAGUAUGCGUUGCAGAGCCUUGUUGCCCUUACCGAACUAAUUAACCAGGCGGUCGGAGAUGCGCUUUCUGAUCUUCUCCUAGUUGAGGUCAUUCUCGCCCACAAGACUUGGACCCCGAAAGAAUGGAUCUCAACUUAUACAGAUCUCCCCAACCGUCUUGUUCGCAUUGAGGUCGCUGAUCGAUCGAUUUUCAAAGCUGUCGAUGCAGAACGCAAGCUAGAGUCUCCGGCCGGUCUUCAGCAGCGGAUUGACUCUCUUCAGUCACGCUACAAUAGAGGUAGGAGUUUUGCUCGUGCUAGCGGAACGGAGGAUGCUGUACGCGUGUAUGCCGAAGCUGCAAGUAGAUCUGAAGCUGACGAUUUGGCCACACGUGUUGCUGCCGCUGUCCAGGAGGCUGGCAAGGCUGGCAAAGCAUAA